AGAGAAGGGGGCAUGCCAUGGGCCAAGCAAAGUCCUAGUAUUAAAAGGGGACCUGCUGUUGUGAGUAAAGGGCCUUGCCUAUUUCCCCAUAGCAAAUAGCAAUCAAUAUCCAUUGAAAUGCGGGGUGGGGGAUGGAACCUGCAAUCCCAAACAUAUUUUCAAGGGAGUAAGUACCGCUGAAAUCAGUGGGACUUCUUUUGAGCAAACAUGCUUAAGACUGUGCUGCAUCUCUCUCUCUCUCUCUCUCUCUCUCUCUCUCUCUCUCUCUCUCUCUGACUACAAGAACAAGGACAGAUUCAGGAACAGAACGGUACCCCACUUGGCAAAAUUGUGGCAAUACUUGAUUAUAAUAAGACCAGACAGCUUCACGUUGUUCCCUGUGUUCUGAAGGUGAUUGAAUAAACUGUAGACGUCUUUCAUCUGUAAAGAAGAAAGAAUGUCUUCAGUUAAAAGAAAGAAAAAAUACUAUAAAACAUUUCACAAUGUGCUUUCUCUUUUCUUUCUCCUAGUUCCAUGUGGUUAACACGCAGAGUUCAAAUUUAGUUCAGUUUAGUCUGUCACUUCUCUUUAAAUUGCCCUUUUCUCUUUUUUAUGGUCUUGUAUGCUGACCAGUUCACUGAGGUUUGAAUUCCAGAUUCCUGUGAAAGCCAUUCAAUCAUUCAAACCAGUUCUGAAGAAUCCGCCUACCCAUUAUCAUCAACACCCACCAUACAAGUGGUAUAUAUAACAUAAAAAUCCUACUGUCUAGCAUCAGUUUGCAAGUCGAUACUCUGAGAAACCAUAACUCAUUUGCCAGAAGCACUUUUUCAAAAACGUGUUUUAGGAAAGGAUUGUGGCUUCCCCAACCUCCCCUUCACCUCAUCCUCCUCUGCUGUGUGACUGAGGCUGAUCAGCUUUCACGUUAGCAAGCAAAGAAGAUAGCUAUUUUCUUUUUGGAAAUGAAAGGAAAGGAGCUUUCAGCGCCCGCCCACCAUUCCCCCCUCCCUUCGCUUCCUCCUCCUCUGCUGUGACUGAGGCUGAUCGGUUUUCAUGUUAGCAAGCAAAGAAGACAGCUGUUUUCCUUUCAGAAAGGAAAGAAGCUUUCAGUGCCCAGCCAUCCAGUCCCCCCACCUUCACUUCUUCCUCUGUGGUGACUGAGGCCGGACAGUUUCAUGUUAGUAAAGCAAAGAUCCAUCAGUAGACCAGCUCUCUAAAUGUCCCAAAUGGAUCCCAGAAGUUCUUAUGCAUCUCUGGUGCAAGGUGUUGAAUUCUUUGAUGGCACUGGAGACUUCAACCCUUGUGAGCUUCUGCUCACCGGAGACCAAGCUUUCCCAGUGCUCGUCAGCACGAAGGGGCAAGUGCUUAUAGCCGCAUCCCAGUACAGGGAAGGCCGCAUGGUGGUGACGGCGCAUGAAGCAAUGCUGAAACUGCCCCAGUUCUUGCAGGUCCUUAAAAAUAGCGUGGAGUGGCUCAAGCCAAGCCCGACAGCGCAAGUGGGCAUCCACCGAAGCUUGGAUGAGCUCUCUGAGCUGCUCCUCAGCAAUGGGGUUAAAGUGCAUCCAGAUGCCAGCCUUGGGGACUCUCUUGGGGUCUACUGCAUCGAUGCCUAUGAUGACACGCAAGCCAAUGACCUUGUGCAAUUUGUAAAGAGAGGCGGGGGACUGCUCAUUGGUGGGCAGGCCUGGCACUGGUCAUAUCAAAACGGCAAGGAGAAAGUGCUGGGUGAAUUUCCUGGCAACCGGGUGACCAGCGUGUCUGGGGUAUACUUCACUGCCAAUGUAGGGGAGAAUGGGAUCUUCCCCGUGCCCGAGAAGAUGCCAAGGGUCCCCCUGAUCACCCAGCACGGAUUAGACAUUAACAGUGAUUUAAAGACUCUUCUGAACGGAGUGACUAACUUCGAUAUGCCCAGUAUAACCCCUUCUCACCUUCUUAUCCAUGGGAAACUGGCAUUUCCAGUUGGCAUAACUGAUUCUUUCCAGUCGUUUGUUGGAGCCGCCUACUAUGGCAGGGGACGCCUUGUGGUUGCCUCUCAUGAACAGAUGCUUAACAUACCACCAAUGGAAACUUUCCUACUCAAUGCCGUCCAUUGGCUUACUGCUGGAAAGGGAGGAAAGGUUGGCAUCGGAGACGACCUCCAGGAGCUUUACUCCAUAUUAAAUCAGGCCAGGAUCCCUUGUAAGCUAACCAAUCUUAAGGCCGGCCUAAGUGUGUACUGUUGCACAGCUUACAGUGACAGAGAGAUGGAAAGAAUCCAUGAAUUUGUCUCCGAAGGAGGUGGUCUCCUGAUUGGUGGACAAGCUUGGUAUUGGGCUUAUGAGAAUCCUGGCGCCAGCGCCAUUGCACGGUAUCCAGGAAACAAGAUCCUUAAGAAAUUUGGAAUUGGAAUCAUUGGGGAGGGUAUAACCAUAUUGGGUGAAAGCUACCCAGCAAAGCAGGCCAGCACUGUUGCUUUGAGUUAUCACUUCGGGAAAGCGCUCUUCCAGUUCAAGCAGCACAUUCUGAGCAAGCAAGCUCUACUGCCUCCGUAUUACUCAUGGCUCAAGAAGCUAGCACAAGAUUGUGCCAUAUUCCUGAACAUCCCAGCAGCCGACUCCCCACCUUUCGUCUCUGUUCAAGAGGAUAUGCUGGAGGUGGUCCAGAUCGGCGGGAUUCCUGAUGUCAGUGCAAGCAACCCAAUCAAAGCCAACUCUGAUGAAGCCAUUUUAAUUGACAUGGCGUUCGCGCUCUACAACAGUUUACCAGAUUUCCAAAAUUUAGUGCCCAGUCUGAACCCAAAUCUUCCGAAUUAUCCUACAGCACCUCCUCAAACCAUUUGGAUCAAUGGGAGGAAUGACGGAAAUGAAGUGUGGAGAAGCACCGGCCUCUAUGUUCCCCCAGCAAAAACCGCCACCUUGCUCUUUCCAUCCACUGCCAUUGGAGCUAAGUUGCAGAUUGGUUGCCAUUCCGAUGACCUGAGAGAUGCCAAGGAGCUGUUGCGUCCUCCGGUAGUGAUAAGGAGAUUUGAAGUUGACAGCCAGAGGAUGGAAGUCUCCAGUUUGUGGGGUGGCCUGUUAUACAUUGUACUUCCAGAGAACUGUUCAGUGGGCAAUAUAUCUGUCACUGUAGAAGGGGCUUCACUAGCUCCUUAUUUCAAGCUAGGUGAAACAAGGCUAUCUGCCUGGAAGAAUGACAUCUGCCACUACUCUGCUCCCUGGGCCGAGUUAGAAACUGAGAAUAUCAUCUUGACAGUGGCCUCAGACGAUGUGCGCACAAUGGACAAUCCAGAGAUCCUGCUCAACACCUGGGAUGAGAUCAUGAAGGCAGUGGCCAAGUUAGCAUCCAUCCCUUCUAUUUUCCCCAGACCAGAGAGAAUAGUGCAAGAUGUUCAAAUAUCUGCUGGUUUGAUGCACUCUGGCUACCCCAUCAUGUCGGAUGGGGAGGCGGUAGAGGAGACCAUGGAUGUGCAACGUAUGUACACCAAAGGCACCUGGGGCCCGAUCCACGAGCUGGGUCACAACCAGCAGAAGAGCGGAUGGGAAUUCCCACCCCAUACCACAGAAGCCACUUGCAAUCUCUGGUCUGUUUAUGUCAACGAGACUGUGCUGAACAUCCCGAGAGAGAGAGCCCAUCCGGAGCUUGAACUGAGUCUGAGAAAGGAGCGGAUUGAGAACUAUAUUCAACAUGGAGCUCAGCUGAUGGACUUUACAGUAUGGACUGCCCUGGAACCCUAUUUACAGUUGCAGGAGGCCUUUGGGUGGGAGCCCUACAUCCGCAUCUUUGCCGGAUACCAAACGAUGGGCGACAUCCCAGAUGACAACAAAGCCAAGAUGAAUCUGUGGGCAGAACGCUUCUCUCAGCAAGUCAACAAAAAUCUGGGCCCUUUCUUUGCAGCCUGGGGCUGGCCGAUUGAAGCGGAGCUCUCCGAGAAGCUGGCCGGAUCUUUCUCCCUGUGGAGAGAGGAUCCAAUGAAACACUAUGGUUCUUCCCAAGGAAGUGAAACAUUCGUUCUUGCCUAGCAUAUUACAGAAAUCUCAGAAUAUGUCACCUUUAUGCCUUCCUCAUGCCGCUGCUAUUACUGUUAUGAGGUAUGCGCUUGAUUUGUUGGAAGGGUCCUUCACCCAUGCCUUGUGAGGCCCAAUGAGCAGAUGAAGAUUGGGCCAUGGCGGCUAAAAUCCUGUUGCCCACGCAUUGUUGUAUUGGGUGGAUUUUGGCACUCACACCCUCGCUAUGUUUGGGCCUCCGCCUCUGUAAUUUGGAUCGCUCUUGGGGACAGGAUGCAAUUGUGGCUCUGCGCAUCGAUUGCAACCAGAGGAGCCAUGUCUCUUGCCUUCACCGUGAUCUAGGGCUGGGAGGUAGCAUUUCGAAAUUGCAUAAUUAAUUGUUUAACUGUAGUUUUCCUACACAACUUGGUGGGUUGCCAGGCCCAGCCUCCAAGAGGUCUUCUGUAUCUUUAAAAGUUGUGCAGGGGGGAGGGAGAAUUCCACCUUGUGGUUGUUCCCAUUACAGGGUUGCAAGAACAUCUGCACUUGGCUGACUUUCACUUCUCCUAAAGAGACAGGAUCAGUCUCAGACCCUGAACCUGGCAACCCUCGCUGGUAGUGAGAAGAAAAGCCCGCUUAGAGCUAAAUGGAGGGGAACAGACCCAGGUAUAGAAGAGCUGCCUUGUAGUCCAUCUAGCUCAGUAUUGUCUGCACUAACUGGCAGUAGCUUUUUGAGAUUUCAGGUAGGAGCUUUUCCCAGGCCUACUUAGAGAUGUUGGGGAUUGAGCCUCGGACCUUCUGCCUGCAAAACAGACAGAGCGAUGGCCCUUCCCAAAUAGGAAUGUAAGAAACCUCCUUGUACUCAAGACUCGUUGAUCCAUCUAGCUCAAUACUCUCUACACUGACUGGCUACGGCUCUCCAGGGUUUCAGGAAGGUCUUUCCAAGCCUUACCUGGAGAUGCUGGGGACUGAACCGGGGGCAUGCAUGCCAAACAGGUGCUCUACUGCUGAUCUAUCACCCUUCCCCUGUGAGGUUAGCACAAACUUGCUGGGCUGUUAUUGCUAGACAUUGCAGAGGGGGUGGGGCAGGAAUAUGGCACAGUUGAGUGACUUGUACCUCCCUUUGGGCUCCUUCUGGGAAGAUGGGUGGGAUGUAUAUGAUUGCAAAGUAGUGGAGCUCAGUUCUGUGCUUACUUCUGGGCAGGGGGACACUUGGAAGGUCAUCCAUCCAGGCCAUGCCCUGGGUGCACAGUACAGUUGCCUGCUCAGAAGCAUCCCAAAUCCUGAGAUUUCAGGGGCGUGCCCUAGUGAUGUCAUAGGGGGUGGGCCCUAAUGAUGUCAUGGGGUGGGCCCUAGUGAUGUCAUUAAGCAUGAUACAUUAAGCAUCAACUACAGUUGCUUGGAGCAUAACACUUAAACAAAAAAAUUUCUCUGAUUGAAAAUGAAGAUAGAAAUCUUAGCUAAAUGAGGGUGUUUCUAGGUCCAGCUAAAGUGACAGGAUCAUUCCUUCUCACCUGCUUAGAGAGCUUGGGUAAGGAACAUUUAAUCUAGCCUACUUGCUUCUGGCAAAAAGGGUUUAAGUGCCCUCAGGCCAAGCCAGUCACCAGAAGGCCGUUGUAGGAAGAAAGCCUAGUGUUGUGGAGAUGUUAGAAGGGAGCACUCAGGAGUAAAGAUGGAUGCCCCCGAAGGCUGCAGUUCUGAACACACUAAGACCCAUAGAAUUCAACAGGACUUACUUCUGAGUAGAUAUGGUGAGGAUUGUGCUGUUGGUACAGCUUGACUAGGGAUCCUCUGCAGUGCAAUCCCCUACUUGGAAUGCCCUGCCUGCCUUUUAACGUGGCUGCUCCAAACGUCUUUACAGACCCUUCACUGCAGAGAGCGGUUUGAGAAAUGAGUAAGAGUUAAGAAGAUUCACUACUCUUUUCUGCCUACUCUGUGGGCUACUAUAAACUCACUUUGAUAGCAAACCCAAUUCCAGUGAGUAAAAAUUGACCGAGAGAAAACACACAUGGUUUGGUCUACCUUCACAGGCAGUAGACUGGCAACAACAGCAAUUGAAACCACACUUCCCAGUAUGUGAAUUCUCUUUUACUACUAUUGGGCAAGAAACAAACCAUCAUGCAAAUAACAAGGUGCAUCAUCAGUGGGUUUAAGGGGGCUGAGUUGACUACAUGGAACCAUUGUUGUUGCUUCUAUGGAUGUAAGGGAGUAAGUGCAGAGGUAAAUGAAAUGCAAAUAGAAAAAGAAAAACCAAAGACUGUGAUGAUUUCCUAAAUGCAAUACCAUACCAACCACAACAUGAUUCCUAUGAGUAAGACAGAAAACUCAAGCAUCCCACAACCAGUAAGGGUUCCUAACCAAAACUAAAAACAUCCUGGGAGCCAGUCAGCCAAGGUCAGAGAAAUUCCUAUGCAGCACAACCUGACCCAGGAGCUGCAGUUAAUGCAGAAUGCUGUGGUAUGAUUGCUGACAUGAGUGAGACCCUGUCAGCACAUAAUACCUCUGCUCUGAAAUCUGCACUGGUUGCUUUCCAUGUUACGGGUUCCACAUAGUACUUAUUCUGCUCCUGUAAGAAAUCGAUCCUUUAGUACCUACGCUUUGGAACUCCCUGCCUAUUUACAUUAGGCCUUCAUUGUACUCAUUUUGGCACCUGCUAAAAACAUUUUUGUUUAGGCAAGCCUACUCAGGCAUGUAGGCAUAUAGAAGCUAUUAUGUUUUUUAUCUGUUUUUCAUUCAUUGUUGGUUUUAUUAUUUUGAAUAUUUUAAAAUACUUGUCUUUAAUUGUUUUUGCCAAUAAUUUUGUUUUAAUUCCUUCUGUAAACCGCUUUGAGUUUUUUUUUUACAGUAAAGCAGUAUAUAAAUGUAAAUAAAAUGCAUAAAUAAAUUUUGGAGUCACUGUGGCCCUUGGGUCUCUUUCCUCUUUAUACCUAGUCAGACCAUUUGGUACCAUCUAGCUCAGUACUGAUGACAUUCACUAGCAUUGGCUCUCCAGGAUUCCAGGCAAGAGUCUCUUACAGAGAUUGAAUUUUGGACCUUUGCAUGCAAAGCAUGUGCCCUACCACUGAGCUACAGCCCUGUUUAAAAAUGUAACUUUAAAAUUGUUCUUUUCAAUUCACUAAUGAAUGCAUAGCAUACUAGGGCAGAUCCACACCAUGCAUUUAAAGCACAUUCAACAUACAUUUGAAACCCACCACAGAAUCCUGGGAACUGUAGUUUAUUAAGGGUGGUGGGACCUAUAACUGUGAGAGGAAAACUAUGCUUCCUAGGAUUCUUUGGGGAAGUCAUGCACUUUAAAUGCGAGUUAGAUGUGCUUUAAAUGUAUUGUGUGGAUCUUCAUUACUUCAUAAACUUUGCCUGCAUAUAAAUCAUUUUAAUUAUAUUUUAAAAUGGAAAUAAACUACAAGUUUACUGGGUGACCAUUGGCUACGCACCAUCUCUCAGCCUAAUUUAUUUAUUUAUUUAUUUUAUUAUUUGAUUUAUAUCCCACCCUUCCUCCCAGCAGGAGCCCAGGGCAGCAAACAAAAGCACUAAAACACUUCAAAACAUCAUAAAAACAGACUUUAAAAUACAUUAGAACAAAACAUCUAUAAAAACAUUUUUUUUAAAAGCUUUCAAAAUGUAUUUUAAAAGAAAAAAAAUUAAAACCAUUUUUUCAGAUAAGAAAGUUUAAAAACAUCUUAAAAAGCAAUUCCAGCACAGACACAGACUGGGAUAACUUCUCUACUUAAAAGGCUUGUUGAAAGAAGAAGGUCUUCAAUAGGUGCCGAAAAGAUAAUUCAGAUGGUGCCUGUAAUAUUUAAGAGGAGGAAAUUCCAAAGGGUAGGUGCCACCACACUAAAGGUCCGCUUCCUAUGUUGUUCAGAACGGACCUCCUGAUAAGAUAGUAUCUGCAGGAGGCCCUCACCUGCAGAGUGCAGUGAUCGACUGGGUAUAUAAGGGAUAAGACGGUCUUUCAGGUAUCCUGGACCCAGGCUGUACAGGGCUUUGUACACCAAAACUACAACCUUGAACUUGGGCUGGUAGCAAAUGGGCAACCAGUGCAAUUAUUUCAGCAGUGGGGUGACAUGUUAGCGAUACCCUGCGCCAGUGAGCAAUCUCGCCACUGCAUUUUCUACCAGCUGCAGCUUCCGGACCAACCUCAAGGAUAGCCCCACACAGAGCACAUUACAGUAAUCCAGCCUGGAGGUUACCAGUGGUCAGGCUAUCCUGAUCCAGAAAAGGCUGCAGCUGUCUUAUCAGCCGAAGCUGGUAAAAGGCACUCUGAGCCACUGAGGUCACCUGGGCCUCUGGCGACAAAGAUGGAUCCAGGAGCACCCCCAGACUACAGACCUGCUCUUUCAGAGGGAGUACGACCCUAUCCAAAGCAGGCAACUAACUAAUUAUCUGAACCCAGCAAUAGGACAGUAUCUGAUGAAAAUAAUAUGUAACAAUGUUGGUUUUCUAAAUACCCCUGAAAAUUCAUAAGGAAAAUUUCCCUCUGCCAGGUACACUGAUCAUGUCAGGCUCAGGAUCUAUUUUGGAGCCUUAAUCUCAGUAUCUUAAUUCUUGUGAGGUUUUGUACAACAGAGUCCAUCCUUUGUUCAGGAUACUAAGCAUUUUAUCAGAGUCAUGGAAAUAUUACCAUCCAUCUCCCAGUGACCAGGAGGAGCACUUUUUGAGUUGCAGCACCCAGACAGGAACUGCCUCCUCUGAAAUAACGCAGGCGCAGACCACAGUGUUGUUUGGCACCUACUUCUAUUAAGUCUGCUGGCCAUUAAGGUGAGCUUGUUGGGAUAUCUGCCUUUAACCAUUCUCCUGACUUUGUAAACAUUGCUGAAUUUAUUGCUUGGAUGUAUUUUUAGUUGAUUUUAAUGUGAGGAGCUUUUUUUAUGAAAGUUAGUA